AUGGAUGAGAUUCCAGAAUCUGCCACUCCAUUUCCACAUAUAGCUGGUAACAUAAUCAAAAUCAACUACCUGUCAAUUUGGAGGCAAAAUGGUGAAGAGGCAUCCAAAAGGCAUAUAGAUUGGAUUAGAGAGCUUUACAAUUAUACAACUCCUUAUGUUUCACAAAAUCCUCGAGAAGCAUAUAUCAACUACAUGGAUCUUGACAUAGGAGUAAAUAAGGUUCAAGGUGACACAUGUCAACAAGCUAAGAUUUGGGGUCCGAGAUAUUAUAAUUUUGAAAAGUUAGCAACUGUGAAGUCUGCAGUUGAUCCUACCAAUUUCAUUAGAAAUGAACAGAGUAUCCCACCUUUUUCAUCUUGA